UUAUCUGGAAUUAGACCUUGAGCAUCCAACACCAUGAGCAACUACAGUGUGUCUUUGGUCGGCCCUGCUCCUUGGGGUUUUAGGCUUCAAGGUGGAAAAGACUUCAACAUGCCUUUGACCAUCUCUAGGUUAAAUGAUGGUGGCAAAGCAGCUAGAGCCCAGGUGGGGAUAGGUGAUGUGGUUCUCACCAUUGAUGGGACAAGUACAGAUGGGAUGACUCAUCUGGAAGCACAAAACAAGAUCAAGGCCUGUACAGGCAACUUGAACAUGAAUCUGCAAAGAGCGCAUUCUGCACCAAAGCCUGAUCCUGUUCCUGUACAAAAGGGAGAACCUAAAGAAGUAGUUAAGCCUGUGCCUAUUGCAUCUGCUGUUGCACCCAAAGUCACUUCCACAGUGAACAUGGCCUACAAUAAGACACCAAGGCCAUUUGGAGCUGUAUCUUCCUCAAAAGUCACUUCCAUUCCAUCACCGUCAUCUGCCUUCACCCCAGCCCAUGCAACUGUUCCAUCAUGUGCUUCUUCCCCUCCACCAUUGGCCACUGUCACGCCUCCCCCAUUCACUGCAUCUGGACUGCAUGUUAAUGCCAAAUCCAGUACUGACCAGCGUUCACCUGCAUUGAAUGCUGCUAAAACUGCAGUUAAUGUCCCAUGGCAGCCCAACACAUACAAUACAACCCUGAACACGUAUUCCAACAACAAUGCCCAGGAUGUGGCAGAAGGACAAAGAAGAGGAUUCAAAGAGAGCCAGGUUGACAAUAAACAGCAAAAUGGUCCACCAAGGAAGCACAUUGUGGAUACCUAUACAGAGUUUUACCACACACCCACUCAUCGUGAUGCCAGCAAAAAACGAUUGAUUGAAGAUACUGAAGACUGGCACCCAAGGACAGGAACUACCCAAUCGCGUUCUUUUCGGAUCCUUGCCCAAAUCACCGGCACUGAACACAUGAAAGAACCAGAAACUGAGACUACAAAGAAAACAAAGGAGAGUCAAACAGAAAAUGGAGACCCCAGCAUGUCUGCAGAUCCACCUAAUGGAAUAGAAGCCCAGAAUUCCUCUUUCGAUCUAAAUAAACAUUCAGUAGCUACUCAGACCGUCGAUAUGACACCUGCAUCAGAACCUCCAUCAACACCAUUACCAGCUAUGAGACCAGAAUCUACUUCAGACAUUUCACCGUUAGUCACGUCUUCAGCUGUCAGUGUUCCUUCUCCCAGACUUCCCGGACAUGUCUCAAGUUCACCCCAUGGGAGAAAACUCUUGUUUGACAAUCCUUUGGGAGCCUUACCUAAGUGUGCACCUCAUCCACCUGCUGCUGUUCAGGUUUUAAGUGUCAGUAGUCAAGUAGCCACAGUGUCUAAAGUGGCAUCUACUUACACUAGGAAAAUAACUCAAUCUGCAGAGUUGAGUGCUCCAGGUCCAACAACCUUAAUGACAAAUGAAGCCGGUAAAGAAAGUUCUCUAUCUGAUAAACACACAGUAGCUACACAGACCUCUGAGCCACCCCUGCUCACAGUUGCACCAGUGGAGCCACCUUGUGCAGUCCAGUUCGUGGAAUCCAUACCUUCGGUGCUUCCUAUUCCUGACAGGCAUUCUCUAUUUGUGCCUUCUUUUGAAACAAGUCCUUUUGUUAAAAACUCAGGCUCUCAGUAUAGAUCAUUAAGUCAUGCAUGACAGAGCUUCUACACUAGAAAAGUGCUGCCUGAAAAUCCAUUGGAAGAUCUGCCAAAGUUUUCUCCCAUUCCUGUUCCUUCUCCUUCCAGGCAGAGCUCAAAAGUUAUGAGCAGUGCUGCCGCUGCCGUGUCUGCUGCUGUUGCUGUACGGGCCAGACUCUCCGAUCCUAAUGUCUAUCGUUCGCUCUUGGAUGCCCUUCUCAUCACCCCUAUCACUAAACCUCCUCCUCUACAAAGUGUCAGGCCCUCAAGGAAAUCAACAAGUGCUUUGGAGUUGCAAAAGAAAGAGAGUGAUUCCCUGGAGGCUUCACAGCCUGUUGCUUAUGCUGCUGCCUCAGUGAGGAGCAUGCCCGUAAGUCCAGACAAAACUGACACCAGACCAGCUGCAGCUAAUAUCACAUCUGCUACAGCCUUUAAACCAACUGGACCUCCGAGUGCUGUCAAAUACUCGGGUUGGCAACCUUCAAACCAAGCAGCUCCUGCAAGUGGAUGGACAUCAAACAAUAUGACACCAUCUGGCACAACUGCACCACAUGAUAAGUCCAUGACUCAACCUCAAAUAACAGAGCAAGACACUUUGGUGCAGAGAGCAGAGCAUAUUCCAGCAGGAAAGCGUACUCCUAUGUGUGCUCAGUGUAACCAGGUCAUUAGGGGACCUUUCCUGGUGGCUUUGGGGAAAUCCUGGCAUCCAGAGGAGUUUAACUGUGCUCACUGCAGAACCUCUAUGGCCUACAUUGGGUUUGUGGAAGAGAAGGGGGCUCUCUAUUGCGAGAUAUGCUAUGAGAGGUUCUUUGCCCCUGAAUGCUCUCGAUGUCAGAGGAAGAUACUUGGAGAAGUAAUCAAUGCUUUGAAACAAACUUGGCAUGUUUCCUGUUUCGUAUGUGUGGCCUGCCAUAAUCCCAUUCGCAAUAAUGUCUUCCAUUUGGAAGAUGGGGAUCCCUAUUGUGAGACAGAUUACUACGCCCUUUUUGGUACCAUGUGCUAUGGCUGUGAAUUCCCCAUUGAAGCUGGAGACAGAUUUCUUGAAGCUCUGGGUCACACCUGGCAUGACACCUGCUUUGUGUGCUCGGUAUGUUGUGACAGUUUGGAGGGUCAGACGUUCUUCUCCAAAAAGGAUAAGCCACUGUGCAAGAAGCAUGCUCACUCAGUGAACUUCUGAAGCUUAGGCCACAUAUAGUUAACAAACAUAAGGAAUGGAGAAGGUUGAAUUUCAUUAAUGUCCAUUUUCAAUAGGCCAAUAAAAUAUUUAUAUAAGAUUUUAGGAAAUGGAGAGAAAAGUGGGAACUUUUGGCUUUUUACAUAUGAAUGUUGAGAGUAUUUGUCAGUGAACAUUUUUGAAUCAGUAAAAAGAUCUGUAGACCAA